AUGGCAGGAGGCCCCCCUACUAUCAAGGAGGAGAUGGAAACAUCCAUCGCUGAAGAGCUGAUUCCUGGAAGCUAUGGGAAAAGCCAGGAGCACCUGGUGAUAGCAGAAAUGAUGGAUCAUGGAUCCCAGUCUGCGGGUGCUUCUCAGCGGCGACAGAAGGCGGAUCCAAAGGCUGCUGGCUCUGCUGCAGGUCAAUCGGGUUGGAAUAUGACUGGCAACCGGAGCAAGAAAGCGGGGCCCCAGCUGCCAUUACCCAGAAUGUUGAGAGAACCAGGCCGCAGUGAUGCCCAUUCCCAGGAGCAUCCUCAUGGCUUCCAGAACAUGAGGUUCCAUUAUGAGCGCAACCCAGAAACUGAUAUGAUGACAGAGAUUGGCCUAGAAGAGCUCAAUGGAUUGGAGAUGGAAGUCAUGAAAAGGCAGCUGCAGGUGAUCACCAGCCGCCUGCGAGCCCUGGAGGACCAGGGCGCCACCUGGCGCCACAGGGAAGCUCUGUUCUUCACCGUGCUGGUGUCAGCCUGUAUUGCCAACCUGUGGCUGUGGAUGCGCCAGUGA